UUAAUCACAGCGUGGUGCUGCUGGAGACUCAAAGGUCUGAGUGGCUUUUAAAAAGAUUUACUUCGCUCAGCCUGGGUCUGCCUCUGAGCGACGUCACGGCUGGAGCGGCGGCACAAGAAGGCUGGAUGAGUGACAGCCCAGCCUACUUUUUAAAGCUUUGUCAUGUGACGGGGACCAGUAGUAAGACAGGUGCCUUCAGUUCACUCUCAGAAAGGGUCUCGUUACUGCAUGCGUGUGUGCUCCCUGCCCGGCUCUGGAUUGCGCCUCGCGAGCGGCACUGCUGCGGUUCGGGAGCUGGAUGGCGUGGGACAUGUGCAACCAGGACUCUGUAUGGAGUGACAUCGAGUGUGCUGCUCUGGUUGGUGAAGACCAGCCUCUCUGCCCAGACCUCCCAGAACUUGACCUCUCCGAACUAGAUGUGAACGACCUGGAUGCAGACAGCUUCCUGGGGGGGCUCAAGUGGUACAGCGACCAGUCUGAGGUCAUCUCCAACCAGUACAGCAAUGAGCCUGCCAACAUCUUUGAGAAAAUAGAUGAAGAGAAUGAGGCAAACUUGCUAGCAGUCCUCACUGAGACACUGGACAGCAUCCCUGUGGAUGAGGAUGGAUUGCCUUCAUUUGAUGCACUGACAGAUGGAGAUGUGACCAAUGAACAUGACGCCAGCCCUUCCCCGAUGCCCGACGGCACCCCUCCGCCCCAGGAGGCAGAAGAGCCGUCUCUACUCAAGAAGCUCUUGCUGGCUCCAGCCAACACUCAGCUAAAUUACAAUGAAUGCAGUGGUCUCAGCACACAAAACCAUGCAAAUACAAAUCACAGGAUCAGAACAAGCCCUGUGGUUGUUAAGACUGAGAAUUCGUGGAGCAAUAAAGCGAAGAGCAUUUGUCAACAACAAAAGCCACAAAGACGUCCCUGCUCUGAACUUCUCAAAUAUCUGACUACGAAUGAUGACCCUCCUCAGAACAAACCAGCAGAGAACAGGAACAGCAGCAAAGAGAAAUGCACCUCCAAAAGGAAGCCCCAUCUGCAGUCUCAGACAAAUCACCUGCAAGCCAAACCAACAAGUUUAUCACUUCCGUUGACGCCUGAGUCUCCAAAUGAUCCCAAGGGUUCCCCAUUUGAGAACAAGACUAUUGAACAAACCUUAAGUGUGGAACUCUCUGGAACUGCAGGCCUAACUCCACCUACGACCCCUCCUCAUAAAGCCAACCAGGAUAAUCCUUUCAGGACUUCACCUAAGCCGAAGUCAUCAUGCAAGACUGUUGCACCACCUUCAAAAAAGCCCCGUUAUAGUGAGUCUUCCAGUUCUCAAGGAAACAACCCAGUCAAGAAGGGUCCAGAACAGACUGAGCUGUAUGCACAGCUUAGCAAGACUACAGCACUGUCCAGUGGACAUGAGGAGAGAAAGACAAAACGGCCCAGUUUGCGGCUGUUUGGUGACCAUGACUACUGUCAAUCUGUGAAUUCAAAGUCGGAAAUACACAUUAAAAUAUCCCAGGAACUUCAGGACUCCAGACAACUAGAAUUUAAGGAUUCUUCACCUGGGUGGCAGUGUCAGAUUUGUUCUUCUUUAGAACAAGACCAGUAUUUCAAGAAAGAGACUUUACAGACAAGUAAGCAGGGAUCCCAAGGUAAUAACAGAAAACAGCUCCAAGACCAAGAAAUUCGGGCUGAACUGAAUAAGCAUUUUGGUCACCCCAGCCAAGCUGUUUUUGAUGAAGAAGCAGAUAAGACCGGUGAACUAAGGGACAGUGAUUACAGUAAUGAACAAUUUUCCAAACUACCUAUGUUUAUAAAUUCAGGACUAGCAAUGGAUGGUCUCUUUGAUGACAGUGAAGAUGAAAGUGAUAAACUAUGCUACCCUUGGGAUGGGACACAAGCCUAUUCAUUAUUUGACGUAUCGCCUUCUUGCUCUUCUUUUAACUCUCCAUGCAGAGAUUCAGUAUCUCCACCCAAAUCCUUAUUUUCUCAAAGAUCCCAAAGGACACGCUCUAGAUCAAGGUCCUUUCCUCAACGCAGGUCUUGUUCCCGUUCUCCAUAUUCCCGAUCGAGAUCAAGGUCACCCUGUAGUAGAUCCUCUUCAAGAUCUUGCCACUGUUAUGAGUCCAGCCACUGUAGACACCAAGCACACCGAAGUUCUCCCUCACGUGCAAGGUCGCGAUCCAGAUCACCGUACAGUCGCAGACCCAGAUAUGACAGCUAUGAGGAAUAUCAGCAUGAAAGGCUGAAGAGGGAAGAAUACCGCAAAGAGUAUGAAAAACGGGAAUCUGAAAGGGCCAAACAAAGGGAGAGACAGAGGCAGAAAGCAAUUGAAGAGCGUCGUGUGAUUUACGUGGGUAAAAUCAGACCUGACACAACCCGAAAAGAACUGAGGGACCGGUUUGAAGUUUUUGGUGAAAUAGAGGAGUGCACAGUAAAUUUGCGGGAUGAUGGAGACAGCUAUGGUUUCAUCACCUACCGCUAUACUUGUGAUGCCUUUGCUGCUCUUGAAAAUGGAUACACUUUACGCAGGUCAAAUGAGCCUGACUUUGAGCUGUACUUUUGUGGACGCAAGCAGUUUUGCAAGUCUAACUAUGCAGACCUAGAUUCAAACUCAGAUGAUUUUGAUCCUGCUUCCACUAAAAGCAAGUAUGACUCCAUGGAUUUUGAUAGUUUACUUAAAGAGGCACAACGGAGCCUGCGCAGGUAACAUGUAUCACACCCGAGGAAAACGGAGGGAUGGCGAAUACCUCACGGACAUCACGUCCUUCAAUAAUGGACAAUUAAAAGUCAUACUUAGGAAUUUCUCCUACUUUACACUCGCUGUUCAAAACCAUGGUUUACAUGAACACAGCUGCUCGAGGAGGGAGGAGGCAGAAUGGCUUUCCAGCAAGCACACGCGUGUCCAUGGGUGUCAGCUUUGCUUUCGCGGGUGACCGGUGGCGGGGCAGCCUGCGGUCCUCUCGCGACCGAGGGCAAACCACAUGUCAUGGCAGCAGUUCCACAGAGAUACACUUACAACGUAGAACUUCAAAAUGUGUACAUAGUGCAUUUUAACAAAACGAAAACAAAAGCAAAGCGAAAAAAGAACAAAUUUGCGAACUAUGGCUGCUGAUGUCUGGGAAUCAGACACUGCAUUUUUUUUUAAAUGAAGCUUCUUCUCACAACACAGUGAUAAAUGACAAUCCAGAAGAAACCGCAGGUCCCACAACCCUGCAAUGUGUUUUAGUUUUAAGAUCUUUCUUUUUUUUUUCUUUUUUUUUUUCUUGCAGAAGAGAAAAUGAAAGGCUAAAGCUUCCCUAACAUUUUGAAGUUUCGUCUUUUAAUUCUGACACCCAUGUAAAUGUCUACAACGUUGAUCUUCCACAGCAAAGUUUUCAAAGCCGUGUUAAUGGUCAAAUGUGCAGCUUGUUCAGCGAUUUAUUCUAAUGAGCGGACGUGGUGUUACAUUAUUAAUGAGAGUUGGAUAUAACUAUCUGGGUGUGAGCGCAGAUAGUUAAUUUGCUACGUUCUCUAAAGUAGUUGAGUAUUUACAGAUGUUAAAUGGAGUAUUUUUAUUUAUGUACAUACUGUAUGACAAUGUUCUUUUUUGUUACAGCUAUGCACUGUAAAUGCAGCCUUCUUUUCAAAAAACUGCUGAAUUUUUCUUAAUCAAGAAUACUCAAAUGUAAUUAUAUGAGGUGAAACAAUUAUUGUACACUAACAUAUGUAGAAAGCUGAACUUAUGCUUAUAUAUAUUUGAUUGUAAAAAAAAAAAGAGAAAAGCGUGUGGGUGAGGACGUGCGAGUGUGCGUGUGUCUGACUGCAAAAACGCUUUACACACAUUCAUCCCUUCCUUGGUGAGCUUAUGUAAGAAUUUUGUCAACAAUGAUCCUAGCCCAAAAGGCGUUAACCACUUCUGCAGUAUUUUUCCACAUUUUUCUCAUUGCUUGUUUUUUUUUGCAGUUUUAUACACUGAAUUUGUUAGGGGAAUGAAAUUUUCUCAUCUAAAUUUUUCUAGGAGAUACCAUAAUUUUAUGUAAAGUCUCUCAAAUGGGUAAUCAUUAAGAAAUGUUUUUAUUUUAUGUAUCAACAGUAGUUUUGGAACUAGAGAUCAGAAAUCUUUUUAAAAUGCUAUUUUAUUUUAAUUUUUGUGAUUUUAAUUUGAUAAAAAUACGCUGAGGUACUCAGUACAGUAUGAUUUUUACAGUAAUUCUGUGUCUAAACACUGUUCUCGAAGCCAGUAAUCUUUUCAUUGGCAGAGUUUAAUGAUGGUAUUUAUCUAUAUUUUUUACAGUUAUGCAUCCUGUAUAAAUACUGAUCCUUCAUUCCUUUGUUUACUAAAGAGACAUAUUUAUCAGUUAUGAUUAUCCUAUUUAUUAUAAAUUAUGAGAUGACUAAAAUAAGAAAAAGGCCAGUGGAAAUUUUAUACCUAGGAUGCAUGAUGAUUGUCAGUUUGGAGUAAGUGCUUCGUCUGAAAAUUCAGCUUUUGCAGAAGCAGUGGUUUUUGUUGUUUUUUUUGUUUUUGUUUUCUUUUUUACUAUGCACUAGCAUGGCCUCAGAUGUGCCCAUGACAUUGUUGCUGAUGACAUUGCUUCUGCUAAAUUAAAUAGAAACUUCAGGAAAGUGGAAAGAAAAAAGAACAAAAACACAACCGUUAGCUACUACUAUUCUGAGCAUCAGAAUUUCACCUGAUCUUGGAGACUCUAGACUGAAUCAGCAAAGUUUGGAAUUUGCUUGCGAAUGUAUAGAUUUGGUAUUCUAUUACUGUUUGGCAUUCAUGACUCCUCUUAAAGGUAUGGCACACCUAACUAUUUAAUCUCCUUUCCCACUCCCAAUCUUAGAAAACUGAUUCCACCCCAUGCCAGUGCAGUUGAUUUUGAUGGCUGCAUUCAUUUUAUCACCAGCAUAUUGUGUUCUGAGAGAUUCCACUGUCUGUCCUGUUGGAUGCUUGCUUGAUUUUUCGGCUUCUUAUUUCUCAGUAGAUAGAUAGCAAUAAAAAUAAAAAAGAAAAAGGAAAAAAAA